UACACCAAGCAUUUUAAAUUAUGGCUAAAUGCCCAUCUAUUUUAAUAAACUCGCCGGUAGCUCCCUGCCAUCUGCCGCGGAUAAUCGUCAAUUGUACUUCUCCUUCCCUUCCGAAUUUCUUCAAAUUUGCAGCGGUUUCACAUCGCCAUAAACGCUCAUCAGCGUCGUUCUCUACAGUAUCGUCUUUUUCUUCCAUGGACAGUCCGCCUGAGGGUUACCGUAGAAACGUUGGCAUUUGUCUCAUGAGCCCUUCUGUCAAAAAGAUUUUUGCUGCCUCGAGGCUUGACAUGCCGAAUGCUUGGCAAAUGCCUCAGGGAGGUGUAGAUGAGAAUGAAGAUCCAAGAGAUGCUGCUAUCCGAGAACUAAGAGAAGAAACUGGAGUCACUUCUGCAGAAAUCAUUGCUGAGGUGCCACACUGGUUAACAUAUGAUUUCCCACUGCAUGUUAGAGAAAAACUCAACCAGCGAUGGGGUUCUGACUGGAAAGGUCAAGCACAGAAGUGGUUCCUCUUUAAGUUUACUGGAAAGGACAAGGAAGUCAAUCUUCUUGGUGAUGGGACUGAGAAGGCUGAAUUUGGAGAGUGGUCUUGGAUGUCACCCGAACAAGUUGUGGAUCGUGCCGUGGAUUUCAAGAAGCCGGUUUACAAAGAAGUUAUUUCAGUUUUUGCUCCAUUUCUUCAGUAGCUCCAGGGCUGUGUCAGUCAGUUCUGCAUCCUCUCCGUAGUGGACCAUGGCAUGCAAUCAGAGUGUUACUGGGGCAAGAUGGAGAGCCAAAUAAUGUCCCAAGAACAAUUUUCCCAAGUCUGUAUCUUAUUCUCUUGAUGAACUGUAUAUGGCUGAUAAGUUACAGAGAUAUGAAUGAGAACCUGCCAUCAUUUGCGAUAUUAACUUUAGAGCAUCUCCAAUGCUAUAAUGUGCACGGUGCACAUGUGGCAUGAGAGAGAUAGACACAAAAAAUUGAAUUUAUAACAUUUCUCUUUCAUUCUUUCCACGGUUUUAUGUCUUUUUGGUAAGUUUUCCUCUGCAAUGUCAAGCACAAUGUCUAUAUCUAGACAUUAUGUUUGACAUUGUGAAGAAAAACUUACCAAAAUAAUAUAUGAUCCUUCAAAUAAGGAGAGAAGUAUUCAAUUUACUAUUUUUUUAUUGGCUAUUUCUCAUGCCACGUAUGCACCGUUCACAUUUUAGCAUUGAAGAUGCUCUUAUGCCAUCAACCCCAUCAGGACAUUAUUGUAAUAUUGUUAUAGAAAAUGCUGCCCUGUUUGAACGCAUGGAUCAGAAUAUGAUGUUUCGAACUUCUCUACCCCGUCGGUGACUUAGUUCCAACUAGAUUGAGAUCCUUUGCCGUGUGGCAUAGGUGCCUUGCGGCAACGGACGGAUGAAGAACAAGGUGCCUCGAGGUGCGGUCCUUCGAUAUCUGCGGCCGUUGUUGGUUUUUUUAUCGGACGGCUCUAAUCAGCCGGGCACCCUACCUUGCUGCAAAGCAAGGCAGCGGUUCCGGAUCCGUUUCAACUAGGGGACAAUGUUUUAUGUUCAUCUACUACGUAUUAUUUAUAAUUUUUAUUUUUGAACAAUGCUCAUAGGUUUCAUCCAUGGACUACGAUAUAUGAUUGUGCAAUAUGCCAAUCUUCAAUCUUCAUCAAUCCCCUAAUUAGUGUGUAAUACAUUUAUUCUCUCUUUUUUU